ACUUCUGAGAGCCCAAUGUCACUCUCACACCCUCAGGGCUACAACUGAGCAAGCGGCGGCGGUUAAAUAUAGCGCAGCGCACAAUCACUGAUAGAGGAGGCAUGAGCUGCUCUGCUCCUGUUUGUGACUCAUUGAUUUUACUGCCCUGCUAACCAGUAACACUUUUAUUCACUUGUUGCUUCAUGUUUUGAAGCACCUGCAUUAGAGAUUAGGGAAAUUAGUAGCAUGUAUGGCAGAAUCGGCUAACCAGGAUCAUACUGGAGUAGCUUGAGGAUUCGAGACCAUAGUGGGGUGAAAAUGCGGUCCAAAGACAGUACAGUGGACAGUACAAUUAAUGAAGCUCUGGUGGUCACGCAAACUUUACACGAUGCCAAAGAAGAAGAACAAGGGAGAAUAGUGGAGAGCGAGAAGAGUGUCAAACACGUGGAUGAUGAAGAGAAACCUGGACCUGAUGAUGAAGAGGAUAAAUCAGCACAGAAUGGUGACCAAAUGUUUGGGCUGAGAGAUCUGUCCAAAGACAACCUCCUGAAACUGCUUGGCAUCAUGGAAGGAGAGAUUCAGGCACAAGAAGAUGUGAUCCAUCUGCUGCGGUCUGUGUUAUUGAGUCGACCAAAGGAGCUGGAGUCUCGUUACGGCUCAGUAGGGCCAAUCAGACCCCUGCAAGCCCUGCAGAGAGACCGAACACUCAGCAACAACCAUGCGCAACACACAACCAGUGUGUAUGAUCAGCCCAUGGCCGAGCUGGACAGACUCCGGGAUAAACAGAAGGACUCAUACCGCCGGAUGCUGGAGCAGCUCUUGCUGGCUGAGAAAAGCCACCGUCGCACUGUCCAUGAGCUGGACACUGAGAAACGCAAACAUGUGGACUAUAUGAACAAGAGUGACGACUUCACCAACCUCCUGGAGCAGGAACGAGAGAGGUUGAAGCGGUUGUUAAAACAAGAAAAAGCAUACCAAAUGCGGAAGGAAAAAGAGUUUUCUAAACGUAUGCAAAGGAUAUCUGGAGAGCUGGUGAAGUUGAAGUCUUUUGCACUGAUGAUGGUUGAUGAGCGAGAACUUCACUUGGAGAAAAUUGACAAACAGAGCCUCAAAAUACAAGAUCUUCUUACAAAACUCCAGGAAAAGGAGGAGAAAUUAAGUGAGGAGGAGAGAAAAGCAAAGGAGGACAACCAGAAGAUGCUGGAUCUUGAGGUUGAGCUGGAGCUUAGAACUUCUAAGUUUGCAAAAGAACAAGAGGAGAUGUCUGGGAAAAUGUCCAGCCAUGAAUCUCAACAUCAGCACAAACAGACGGAGUUGUUACACAAACUCAAAGAGCUCGAAGAUACCAAUGAAGCUCUUCAGAAAUCAGCAGAGGAGCUCCAGGCAUUGAGGGACAAGAUCAGAAAGGGUGAGUGCGGCAAUUCAAACCUGAUGGCAGAACUUGAGACUUUACGCAAAAGAGUUCAGGAGAUGGAGGGUAAAGAUGAAGAGAUUACCAAAACUGAGAACAAGUGCAGUGAGCUGAAGAAGAGGCUUCAGGCUGAGGAAACACACAAUAAGGACCUAAGGCUGGAAGUGGAGAAACUGCAACAGAGAAUGGUACAAUUACAAAAGCUAGAGAUGGCCUUCAAUGUGGGCAGGACAGAAUGUGCCCAGCUACAGACAGCUUUGGAUAAGGAGAAAAGCCUGACAAAAGACUUAACGGAUGAACUAGUGAGCAUUAAAAUCCGUAUGAAGGAGCUUGAGUCAACUGAGCUAAAACUAGAAAAGGAUGAACUGGAUCUAAAAGAGGAUCUUCUGAAACUUAAAUCAGUUACUGUAAUAAUGGUUAAUGAGCACAAGAACAUGGCAGACAGAAUCAGGUCUGAAGAAAAGAAGAAAGACGAACUGAACAAACUUUACAAGGCAGAGCAGGAUAAAGUUACGGAGGUCACUGAAAGGUUAAUAGAGGAAAGCAAGAAACGUCUGAAACUAAAAUCAGAGAUGGAGAUGAAUAUAGCUGCUCUUGUAAAGGAGAGAGAUGAAAUAAAACUACAGCAUACUAAAGCUGAAGAAAAGUGUGAAGAUCUGAGCUCCAUGCACAGUAGCACGAACGAAGAAAGACAAUCUGCUCAGAAGGUGAAAGAGCUGCAGAAUGUCUUGAAUAUACAUGAAAGCAGUGAGAAUAAAGUCACGGAGCUGACAGUGGAGAUUGAGCACUUGAAGAACCGUCUUCAACAGCUUGAAGCAAUUGAAGGAGACCUGAUCCAACCAGAGUAUGACUUACUAACAACUGACAGGGAAAAGGCACGAUUUCUCUCAAAGCAGGUACAAGAAAUAAGAAGUCAGAUUGCACUAAAUAAGUCAAUAGAGCAAGGUGAGACAGACAGUCAAGAGGUUGAACUGAGGCAUAAAUUCAUGAUGGAGGAAGCCAAAACCAGAGACCUUCAAGCAGAAGUGCAAGCCUUGAAGGAGAAGAUUCACGAGCUCAUGAACAAAGAAGAUGAGCUCUCCCAGCUACAGGUGGAUUACUCCAUCUUGCAGCAGAAAUUCCUAGAGGAGGAGGACAAGAAAAAGAGCAUAAGCACUGAAAUCCUUAACCUUACCAAAGAACUUGAGGUGUCCAAGCGCUACAGUCGCACUAUGAGGCCAAGCAUCAAAGGAAGCCGAAUGAUGGAUGUUCCUAUGACAUCAACCGGGGUACAAACCGAUUCAGUUGAAAACAGGACUUCUGACAGUGACACUCCUGCUGCAUUCAUCAAAAAGUCUGUCCAAGAAGAGAACCGGAUCAUGAGUAGUCUUCAGCAGAGGACCCUGAAGAAGCCGGCGCAGAGACCAACAGUGCGUGAGCUCUACCCUCCAACGGUUAGUGACUUUACUGUGAAGAAGUCUUGGAUUCCUUGGAUGAGGAAGAAAGACAGCAGUGCUUCUGAAGUAUCUUCAGACACAAGUGCACCCUCUGAGGUCAACAUGUCCCAUAAUCAGUUGAUCUUAGAUAUUCAGAACAAAGAUGAAUCCUUGCAGAUCUGCAUUGAUCCAUCCGAGGACUUGACCAAAGAAGCUUCUGUUAAACCAACCCAAGAAUUUCAGACAACCGUCAUUCCUACAAAUGAACGAAUCAAGGAGAAUCCAAAGAAUCCAGAAAGAGUUCGAUCUCCAUUGACCUUUGCUGCUAUCUCAAGAGCAAAGAGUCCAGAGAUCACAAAGUCUCCCUCUACCGACAGACCUUUAUCCCCUGUUUCCAUCGCAUCCAACAGCAGCUCCCAAGAAUCUGUGGACAUGAUAACAGGCAGAGCUGUGUUCAAGGAAACUCCUGAGAAACGAAUGGUCCCCACACCCAUCAAGAAGUCUAAUGCUAAUGUUGUUACCACAGAAGACAGCAAGAUUCACAUCCACUUAGGAUCACAGUUAAAGAAGAUCAUUGAUCACGGCUCAGUUGUAAUGGUAAAAUCUAUUUCUGGUUCAUCCGAGAGUAAGGAUGUCCCUACUGGAACUGUGCUACGCUCGCCACACAAUGUGACUUCAAGCAAAUCAAUAACCAGCAAAGUGACGAGCAGCAUCGCCAUCACACAGGUUACUAAAGCACCAGCCAGACCUACGCUUUCAGUGCAGCCAGUCCUGGAUGUCCCAUCAGCACGAUCAGGGUUCAGUCGUAUCCCAAUGUCUCGGGGCAUGAAAACCGGAAAAGCUGUGCUGGGAGCUUUGGGACUCACCACAGGAGCCAAAUCAGAAACAAAUGCAGAGGCCAUUCACACUGACCUGAAAAAAUCAGCUGUUAGUAAUGGAGCCUUACAGGCUGGAGGGAAGGGCUGAGACGGAGAGUACUACACAAAUAAUAUCCACAGCUGCAUUUUACUCUACUGCCAAAAACAUUUCAUGAUUCAACGAUGCAAUUUGUAUGUGUGGCAGAGAUUCAAGGGAGGACUUUUCUUACAUAGGAAAGGAAACAUGUUGCCUUAGUCUAUAUAGUCAAGACACACCAGAAUUUAGCCUAACUUUUUUGUGAAAUAAAUGUAAUAGGCUUUUUCCAUUGGUUUUUGUAUUGCUAAAAAUAGGCUCUUUUUCUAGUUUAAGAUGCAUAUGUUUUGUGUUUUUACAGUCUUCAUAAAUUAAUCAUGUAUUUUAUGUCCUAUUUUCACCCA